AUGGAUUCCUCUUUCACACCACGGGCGACAAGAACUCUUGCAGCAGGGGUGGUACAAUGCGUAAUCAUGCCAUGGAUUGCUACCGUCAGCCUUCUCAUCCCGAUGCUCGUUGACUUCGCCGACGAUGAAGAUUAUCAAAUGUUCUGGCGCAGGGACCGUACCAUCCAGCGUGAAAGAUGGAUGGACCGUUUCCUUCACCUCUCGCCAGAGCAUCUGUACGAUGCUCUCCGGGUCGACCGGAAUGUCUUCAGCUACCCUUGCCGCGCCUGGGCACAUCAUCUCAUCGGCACGGGGAAGAAGGCGUGCAACGUCAUGCUGCAUGUCGCCAUGGUGCUUGUGCGGUUUGGAAGCGGGAUGACAUAUCGUGAGCUCGGCCUGCUAUUCGGCUACAGUCACACCCGCGUGCAUCAAGUGGUCCAGGCAUGGAUCGAGUUCAACAGCGACUACCUCAUGGAGGAGUGGAUACGGUGGCCAAAUGAGGACGACAUGGCGAUGUCGGAAGAUGACUUCCAAUUUGACAGCGGCAUACCUGGGAUUGUUGGAGCAAUGGACGGUACUUUGCUCGCCAGUUGGCCCGGCUCCGUGAACGAUGCCAAAGUUUUCAAUAAUUCAAAAGCAAAGAGACGCAUUGAAGCAGGAGGCAUUGGAAACAGGGUGAUCGUCAGCGACGCCGCCUACGGUUUGAAGGACUACACCUACGUCCCCUACCGAGCUACUCCCGGCCAGCUUCUACCCGAUGCGCAGGCCGUGUGGAACAAACAACAGUCAAGGGCCCGGAAGAUAGUAGAGCAGGUGAACGGCCGCCUCAAAACGAAGUGGCGAAUCCUCGACGGCCGCAUGGAGUGCCAUCGCCGCCACGUGCCCGCCACCAUCGCGGCCGUUGUCACCCUGCACAAUAUCGAGCUUAUUCUCGGGACGCGCUACCGCAUGGAGACUCCCUACCCCCGGAACUGGUGGUGGCUCCGCGGGCCGACCGCUGACCUUGUUCACACGGGGCGGGGGAUCGAAGGAUUCACGGCCGUUCAUCGUCGAAAUCGAUUUUGCGCUUACCUUUACGCGUCGUGGCGUCUUGGUCAUCCCGAGAUAACGCGUCCGCUUCUCGGGUACGUUCGAAGAGUUGUGUCAUGGUUGCUUGAACUAACGUCGUCAGUUCCUUUGUCAUCUCUCUGCAAACUUCCCGCACCCAUCCGCGCUCGGCAUUGCGGCGCCCCCUAG